AUGACAGACGAAGCCUCAAAAGAAACGGGCGAGGUUGUCAUACCCAUUGCACCCGCGGCGCCUCUUGUCCAUUACGACGUCAACGAGGAACCUCGAUACGGGUGGGUAGUUUGUGGUGCUUUGUCUGCGAUCAAUGGCUUCACAUGGGGUAUUCUUGCGAGCUUUGGUGUCUACCUGUCCUACUACAUCAACAAUGCGACGUUUCCUGGAACGUCGGACCUGGAUUACACAUUCGUUGGGGGCGUCAACUUCUCCACGGCGCUGCUCUCUGCUCCCUUGGUCAACCUGUGCACCCGAAAGUUUGGCACCAACGUCCCGAUGUACUGCGGCUGCUUCAUGUUUGCAGGCGGGUUCGUUGCAGCGUCGUUCGCCACGUCGUUCUGGCACCUGGUUCUCAGCCAGGGCAUCCUCGUUGGUCUGGGCACCGGGUUCGUGUGGCAGCCCGCGACACCGGUGUUGCCCCAGUGGUUCAACAAGAACAGAAGCCUCGCGCAGGGCAUCGCCGCCAGCGGAGCUGGCGUGGGAGGGGUCAUCUUCUCGGCGGCCACGACACCGAUGAUCGACAACCUCUCGCUCGCAUGGGCGCUGCGGAUCACGGGCAUCGUUUCGUUUGGGGUGCUGCUGGUCGCGUCCAUCCUGAUGCGCGAUCGGAACGCGACGGUGCGGCCCGAGAUCAAGAUCUUCGACGCCGGCUUGCUCAGGCGACGCCCGCGCGUCUGGCUCUUGGUCGGGUACUCGUUCUUCAACAUCCUCGGCUACAUUGUGACCAUCUACUCGCUGUCGGCGUUCGCGGUCUCGAUCGGACUGACGCAGCACCAAGGCGGCACGGUCACCACCGUCAUGAACCUCGGCACCGCGCUGGGGAGGCCGUUCGUCGGCGUCGUGAGCGACAGGUGCGGCCGCAUGACGGUCAUUACACUGCUGACUGCGUUCAACAUGGUCAUCAUCUUCGCAAUCUGGAUCCCGCUGCAUUCCUAUGGCCUGUUGAUCUUCUUUGGCCUACUUAUAGGGGCCACCGCAGGACUUUAUUGGAGUACUAUCGCCCCUCUCUGCGCAGAGGUCGUCGACCUUCAAGAGUUGCCUUCGGCUCUCAGUCUGAUGUGGUUGACGGUGUCACUGCCUUCAUUGUUUUCUGAAGCCAUCGCACUCGAGAUUCGGCUGCCACAUUCGAAUCGGCCGUACCUGUGGCCACAGAUCUACGCUAGUUUGACCUUCCUGAUCUCCAGUCUCUUCAUGUUCGAAUUGCGCCGACGGAAAUGGGGCUGGGCAAGAGAGAAACACAGGUGA